AUGUCUUUCGACUCAGGUUCAACUACCACGACUGUCGACCCUCAUGCGCAGCUACCCGCCCUUCCAAUAGAGUUGAUGAUGCAGAUCUUCGAGGUGGCAGCCUCUCAAUCACUCACUUCUGCAAAAUCGUUGUCGCUGGUCGCAUCAUGGUCUAGGAAGCUCACCCUCCCCUACCUCUUCACCACCAUAGUCCACCGUGUUGGCAAUGUGCGAAUACUUGCGAUGGCGGGGGCGGGGUACCAGAUUAACAAGCCACGUACAAGGCUGCCAGAGCACAUUGGUCGUGUCGUCCGCAAUCUUUGGACGGAGAGCGUCGGAGUGUCCUCUCCCACUAAUGGGAUGGAUCUCUUCCAGACUUGCCCAAACAUCGAGCACAUGGCCCUACCAUCCGCCGCACUCCGUGCGCUCUACAUGUCAUGCCAAGUGGCAUCCAAGCGCACCCCAGUGGAUCUAGCGAGACCGGCAUUCCCCUCCGUCCUCAGACAUAUCACGCUCAUCACUCACACUAUGCGCUAUGAAUGGCACUUCCUAGCUGGCCUUCGAACCCCAGACGGGAAUCUCUUCCUCCACAACAUUGCUUAUCUCCAUAUGCUUGACAUGCAGAUCUCAACCUACGUCCCGCACGAGAUGCUUCCUAAUCUAACGCAUCUUGCGCUCCCUUACCUCGAUCUUGGAGGUAACAUUGCGCACGACCUCCUCCGGCUACCUGAUGGCGUCUUGGAGCACCCAUCUCUGCAGAUGCUCGUCUUGACGAUUGACGAGUUCAAAUACCUGAAUAAUCCGUGGUACCACAUUGAUCGCUAUGCGGCUCCGGCUCCAGGAGCAACGAGGUAUAUUCCGCCGCGAGACAGCUUUCGUAGGAUCGUGCGACAUGCUCGGCAGCGUGACGAGCGUAUCCACGUCAUCUUACAUCCCAACUCGAGCCAGAAAGCUCUUCAGGAAUGGAAGCUGGCUGCGGAUGGAGGACAAAGUAUUUGGCAGAAAGCGGUCUUAGCGAGGAAGGAUGAAACCUACGGCACGCAUCUUCCCACUGCUUAUGAUUCCAAUCCUCGCACUUGA